ACUACGACAGCCGUUGGUUUCGCACGUUCUUCGCCCUGGUUACACCGUUGACCGCCACGUUCGCUCCUCGGGUGGCAGGUGAAGUCCACGAAGGACUCACCUGUACAGCUACAAUUUAAGAGUUAAAGAAAGAGGAGGCGGUGAAGCAGACUCACUACUGAGACAGCAGAGAUGGCUCAGGUCUUCAAUCACGGGAAGCUGCUGCUGCAGCGCCUGCACCAGCAGCGGGAGAUGGACUUCCUGUGCGACAUAACCAUCAUGGUGCGAGACGUGGAGUUCAGAGCCCACCGCAACAUCCUGGCCGCGUUCAGCAAGUACUUUUCCACCCAGGCCGAAAAGGGCCAAGACGUCACGACGCUGGACCCCGAUAAGGUCAGCCGCUACGCUCUGGAGAAGCUGCUGGAAUUUAUCUACACGGGUCAGAUGAACCUCAGCAGCACCAGACAAGCAGCUGUGCGUCAAGCCGCCGUGUUCUUGGGAAUAUCCGAGGCCACGAAGUAUCUGGUGGAAACGCCCCACUGGUCCGAGACGUCGCAGUCAGAGAUGGAUAAAGAAGCCGGUCUCUCUCCUCCCAGCCCGACCUCGCCCGGCAGCCCCUGCUCACCGGUUCCCCUCGCCAUGAUCGCCCUUGCCGGGGAGAGUCAGGAGGAGGGUGGGGCGGCUGGCGGGGAGGCCGGAGGGGAGGCCGGCGGGGAGCAGGGCGAGGAGGCCAGCUAUAUGGAUAUCGAAGAGGCGGAGAAGAGCGACACGGAAUACACCCCUGUUGCACCGAAGAGUACCGGAAGAGGAACGGGACGGAAGAGAGGCCGGCCGAAGAGGAGCGAGAAGGUGGAGCCGAGCAGCUCCGCUGAGGGCACAACGAAAACCCCGGCUUACAGGGCGAGGGGGCGGGGCCGGGGGAGAGGCAGAGGGAGAGGCCGGGGGAGAGGGAGAGGGAGGGGGAGGGGGAGAGGCGUCGUCAAGAACGAGGAUCUGUUUUUGGAAGAUUCUGACGGGAGCGUGAAGGAUUUCGACGACUUCUCGGAAGACUGGAGCCCCUCGCAGGAGGACGACGGCGAGUCCCUGGCGAAGAAGCCCCGGCUGAGCAGCGAGGAAGGGCGGAGGGGGCGGGGACGCGGUAGGGGGCGGGGCAGAGGGAGAGGCAGAGGGCGGGGCCGGAGGAAGAUCGUGGAGGAGGGAGACGAAGGGGAGAGCGGCGGGGUGGGGAUGGACGACAUCAUCAGAGAGGAAGACGACGAGGAGGAGGAAGAGGAUGAUGACGACGUGGAGGAAGGGGAGGUCGGGGAACAGGAUCCGUCGGAGGUGGACGAGCUGUCGCUGUCGUGCACCGAGUGCAACAAGAUGUUCAAAGACGUGAGCAGCCUGCGGCGGCACGAGAAGAUCCACAAGGGCCUGAAGCCGUUCGUCUGCAUCUUCUGCUCCAAAAACUUCCGGCAGGCCACCCAGCUGAAGACGCACCUGCGCAUUCACACAGGCGAGAAGCCGUUCAACUGCUCCAGCUGUGACAAGUGUUUCGCUCAGAAGUGUCAGCUGGUCGCUCACCGCCGGAUGCACCACGGCGAGGAGAAGCCGUACACCUGCGAGCGCUGCGGCUUCAAGUUCGCCACCUCGUCCAACUACAAAAUACACAUCAGACUGCACAGCGGGGAGAAACCGUACGUCUGUGACAUCUGCGGCCAGGCGUUCGCUCAGUCCAGCACGCUGACGUAUCACAAGCGGCGGCACACGGGAGAGAAACCGUACCAGUGCGACCUGUGCGGCAUGUCGUUCUCCGUCUCCUCGUCUCUCAUCGCGCACGCCCGGAAGCACACGGGCGAGACUCCGUACAAAUGUUCGCAGUGUGACGGAAGUUUUGUGACGUCUUCGGAACUGAAGAAACACAUGAGGCGGCUUCACCCAGAGGGGAACACCGGAGUGCAGUGUCUGCUGUGUGGAAACCGCUUCGCCAGCGUGAAGAACAUGAUCAAACACCAGGAGAAGGCUCACGCUGAUGAAGUGCGGCAACACAAGGAGAGAGCCAGAGCAGUCGUCCUCCUGUCUUCCAGUCAUCCCGUGGCCUUCGUCCAGAGCAAACUCACCCAGGAGAACAGAGGCAUGGCUUCCAUCCCGGAAGCCGGCGAGCCGGCGAACCCCGAGCCGACCACCCCGGACCCCAAAGCCCCGCCGGCGUCCGCCUCUGGCGACGCCCCCUCCGCCGCCCCCUCCGCCGCCAUCGUUCAGGACUUCAAGCCGGAGCCCACUCACACCGCCAUCACCGCCGACGCCGACCAGGUGACCUUCGAACCCGACCAGGAGGAGCAGACCAUCAACUCGGACACGCUCCACGCUCUGGUGGAGCAGCUGCGGCCGCCGCCGUCUCCGGCCCAGAGCCUGGAGCAGAUCGUCAUCAUCCGGACGGUGGACAACGGCGAGCACAACCCCCCUCAGCAGUGAGUCGCGGGCGCUCGGAGGCGUCGACGGACGGUCGGAGAAUUCAGCUUCAUCGCAAGUUCAUACUUUUCACUGUUGUUGUUAUUGUUGUUUUGUUUUUUUUUCCGUAAUAAUGACGCUUCGCUCGCCGCGUCGAUGGACGUAAAAAAAAAAAAAAAAACUCCGGGUUCGACACACGACGGCGAAACGGGGGAAAUUAUCCACCAAAUUUCUCCGGCGUAAACGUCCCGUCAUCGACUUCCUGUUUUCGACUUCGGCCCAUCGCAGCGGAGGGAUGCAUCCCGACAUUUCAGGUGCACUCACUUUUAUAUUCGCCUCCAAAAGAAAAGUGAGUAUUUUGUUGUUGUUGUUGAAUGGUGGGAAGUACGAAAAAAAAACAGGACUUUUGAGUUGUACACACACAUUUAGCUCCUGGUCCCUUUAGAGUACUUUUUAAAUGUCCCGGGGACUAUCGGGUUGGAGUCUUCUCUCUCUCAUCGACAGUAUUUAGACAUUUUGUAAUCGCUUCAUCGCGCCGCGGCUGAUCCGGAGGAGACGACAGAGUCUGAGAGAUUCUGAACGUUUCAGCUCGUUUGUGUCGAGACAUUUGUUUGUUUUGUUUUGUUUGUUUUGGUCCCCCCCCCCCCCACACUAAUAGAAUCAGAAACAUUAACACUGCUUUUAGUCUUCAGCGGAUACGAGAAUAAAAGUCUUCGCCGGUCGCUUUUGAGCGAGUUUAUUUUUGCAUCUUCUGAACACCAAAUGCAGCUUUAAAUUAAAUAAAUGUGUAAAACUUCUCUUCCCCCCCCCCCCC